AGUGCACAGAUUGUUACAUGCCAUCUUUACACCAAUGGGUAUUUUUGGAAAACGUAAUGUCACCGCAAAGCCGGACAGUUUGAAGUGUUUCUUGCAAAAAAUGCCAGCUGUGGAUUUAAGCGCGGCGUUUCCUCCGGCAUCGCCAGUUUCCUUCCCGUUAGAGGGGUACUAGGAAUACGGCCGUCUGUAUGAUUGCAUUAAGCGGCGGGGACUGCGGCUGUCAUUGAUCUGGUUGUAGGAGCGGAUACAGACACACUGGAAAGAUGCUGUGCGAGGUGAUGCCAACCAUCAGCGAGGACACGGCGGCCGGCCAGCGCGGCUCCCAGAGCAGUGCCUCGGACCCUGACUCGCACUUCGAGCAGCUGAUGGUCAACAUGCUGGACGAGCGCGACCGGCUGCUGGACACGCUGCGUGAGACGCAGGAGAGCCUGGGGCUGGCCCAGCAGCACCUGCAGGACGUCAUCUACGACCGCGAUUCGCUGCAGAGGCAGCUGAGCUCCGCCCUGCCUCAGGAGUUCGCUGCUCUCACCAAGGAGCUGAAUGCCUGUCGGGAGCAGCUGCUGGAGAAGGAGGAGGAGAUCUCCGAGCUGAAGGCGGAGCGGAACAACACGCGGCUCCUGCUGGAGCACUUGGAGUGCCUGGUGUCCAGGCACGAGCGAUCGCUCCGCAUGACGGUGGUCAAGAGGCAGGCCCAGUCGCCCUCUGGUGUCUCCAGCGAGGUUGAGGUUCUCAAAGCUCUCAAGUCACUGUUUGAACACCACAAAGCACUCGAUGAAAAGGUGAGGGAAAGGUUGCGGGUGUCACUCGAGAGGGUCUCAGCCUUGGAGGAGGAGUUGACGGCCGCCAAUCAGGAAAUCACAGCCUUACGGGAGGAAAAUGCCCGCAUCCAGAGGAAAGUGGCAUCAGGGGAGGGUGCGGAGGAGCUGCCAGAGAGUGCCGAUAUCACCCAGAAGACCCACGGCAAGCGUCUGUCCAAUGGUGCCAUGGAGACCGUCAGUGAGGCCAGUCAGGUGGUGGAGCUGCAGGAGCUGCUGGAGAAGCAGAACUACGAGCUGGCCCAGAUGAAGGAACGCAUGUCCUCGCUGGCCUCGCGUGUGUCCGAGGUGGAGCAGGAGCUGGAGACGGCCCGCAAGGACCUAAUCAAGUCCGAGGAGAUGAACAACAAAUACCAGAGAGACAUCAAGGAGGCCAUGUGUCAGAAGGAGGACAUGGAAGAGCGCAUCGUCACCCUGGAGAAGCGUUACCUCAGCGCCCAGCGGGAGUCCACCUCACUGCACGACAUCAGUGACAAGCUGGAGAAUGAGCUGGCCAACAAGGAAGCUUUCUUGAGACAGAUGGAGGAGAAGAACCGGCAGCUGCAGGAGAGGCUGGAGCUGGCCGAGCAGAAGCUGCAGCAGACCAUGAGGAAGGCGGAGACGCUGCCUGAGGUGGAGGCUGAGCUGGCCCAGAGGAUAGCGGCCCUCACCAAGUCUGACUCAGGCUCCUCUUCCUCUGCCGAUGAUUAUCAGUAUGUUAUGGAAGCUAAACUCCAAGACAUGACCUCCGUCCUUAGGAAGGCAGAGGAGCGGCACGGGAGCAUCGAGGAGCGCAUGCGGCAGCUGGAGGGCCAGCUGGAGGAGCGCAACCAGGAGCUGCAAAGAGCCCGGCAGAGGGAGAAGAUGAACGAGGAGCACAACAAGCGUCUGUCGGACACAGUGGACCGGCUGCUGACCGAGUCCAACGAGCGACUGCAGCUCCACCUUAAGGAGAGGAUGGCGGCCCUGGAGGAGAAGAAUGUCUUAAUUCAGGACUCGGAGAGCUACAGGAAACAGCUGGAGGAUUCGCUCCAUGAAAAAUCUCAGCUGGCUGAAGAGAUGGAGAAGCUGAGGUCAGAGCUGGACCAGUACAAAAUAAGGGCUGGGUCAAUUACGGACCAAACCUUGUCACGGUCCCACCUGGACACGUCCACGGAUCUGCGUUUCUCCCUUGGCUCUCUGGCCGACACGCAGUCCGAGCACUACAGGUCGGCCAAGGCGGCCCGGAGGUCAAGAAGAGGCCGUUUGGGCCUCCACAGGGAUGAGCCAAAGGCUAAGUCACUGGGAGAGCACGAAUGGCGGGCGCAGCAACUGGGAGUCCUGGGCACGCACACUUUUGAGAGCGACACGGAGAUCUCGGACAUCGACGACGACGAUCGCGACACCCUCUUCAGCUCCAUGGAGCUGCUGUCCCCUGGUGGGCAUUCGGACGCUCAGACCCUCGCCAUGAUGCUGCAGGAGCAGCUGGAUGCUAUUAACAAGGAAAUCCGGCUCAUCCAGGAGGAGAAGGAAUCAACGGAGCUCCGGGCGGAGGAGAUCGAGAGCCGAGUGGCCAGCGUGAGCCUGGAGGGCCUGAACCUGGCCCGCGUGCACCAUCCGGGGCUGUGCCUCACUGCUUCAGCCACCGCCUCCUCCCUGGCCAGCUCCUCCCCCCCAAGCGGGCACUCCACCCCCAAACACAUGCCCCACAGUCCCGGCCGCGACAUGGAGCGCAUGGGGGCCAUGACGCUGCCCAGCGAUUUGCGAAAACACAGACGGAAGAUCUCAGUGGUGGAUGAGGACGGCCGAGAGGACAAGGCCACCAUCAAGUGCGAGACUUCCCCGCCAUCAACCCCACGCCAAGUGCGGAUGACCCACACGCUUCCUGGCUCCUCUCACAGUGACUCUCGCGGCUUGACCACUGCCAUGGAGGCCGAGGUCAGUGCCCUCAGCAGUGUCACCAGCAGCCAGGACUCCCUUCACAAGCAAACCAAGAAGAAGGGCAUAAAGUCCUCCAUCGGGAGGCUCUUCGGCAAGAGGGAGAAAGGACGACUGGGCCAGCUGGGCAAGGAGCUGGGGGGUCCUGGUCCAGGCGUGAUGUUAGAUCCGGAACUGACAGGUCAGGACCUUGCGAUGGGGAAGCUGGGCACCCAGGCGGAGAAGGACAGGAGGCUGAAAAAGAAGCAUGAACUACUGGAGGAGGCGAGGAGGAAAGGCCUGCCUUUUGCCCAAUGGGACGGCCCCACCGUGGUGGCCUGGCUGGAGCUCUGGCUGGGCAUGCCCGCCUGGUACGUGGCAGCCUGCCGCGCCAACGUGAAGAGCGGCGCCAUCAUGUCGGCGCUGUCGGACACGGAGAUCCAGCGGGAGAUCGGCAUCAGCAACCCACUGCACCGCCUGAAGCUGCGCCUGGCCAUCCAGGAGAUGGUGUCCCUCACCAGCCCCUCGGCCCCUCCCACCUCCAGGACCCCCUCGGGCAAUGUCUGGGUGACCCACGAGGAAAUGGAGACCCUCGCAGCUCCCACCAAAAUGAAGUCCGAGUCCGAGGAGGGAAGCUGGGCGCAGACCCUGGCAUACGGCGACAUGAACCACGAGUGGAUCGGCAACGAGUGGCUGCCCAGCCUGGGCCUGCCGCAGUACCGCAGCUACUUCAUGGAGUGCCUGGUGGAUGCCCGCAUGCUAGACCACCUCACCAAAAAGGACCUCAGGGUACACCUCAAGAUGGUCGACAGCUUCCAUAGGACGAGCCUGCAGUACGGAAUCAUGGGCUUGAAGAAGCUCAACUACGACAGGAAGGAGCUGGAGAGAAGAAGAGAACAAAGUCAACACGAUAUCCGAGACGUGCUGGUGUGGAGCAACGAGCGCGUGAUCCGCUGGGUACAGAGCGUCGGGCUGCGUGACUAUGCCAACAUCCUGCAGGAGAGCGGCGUGCACGGUGCCCUCAUCGCCCUCGACGACAACUUCGACUACAGCAGCCUGGCUCUGCUGCUGCAGAUCCCCACCCAGAGCACGCAGGCACGCCAGAUUCUGGAGAGAGAGUUUAACAAUCUGCUGGCCCUGGGCACGGACCGCCGGCUAGAUGAGGACUUCCAGCGCGGCUCCGCCUGGAGGAGACAGUUCCCCCCUCGGGACGUGCACAGGAUCAGCAUGAUGCCCGGCUCCGCCGAGACGCUGCCGGCCGGAUUCCGGCUCACCGCUACAUCAGGCUAUUCCCGCAGGAUGCCACCCGAUGCCCUCUACGAGGUGCGGGACGACAGUACUGAUGACUUGUUUUUGGACUGGGUUCAAGCGGGUCCGGCCACAGUGCAGAGGCUGGAUAGCUCGACCGUGCGCACCUAUUCCUGCUGAGCAGCCAAUGGGAGCGAGCCGUGCUGAGCCCUGUGGAGACUCCUCAGGCUAGGGAGGGCGAGCGAAUUUGCCGGAGGUCCGGCGAGACACACUGCCAGGGAGCGCCCCCUCUGGUGGGCACGGGCCGGGCCGGGCCGCCCCUCUGCUCCCACGCGCCUGAACACUGGAACCCGGUGCCGACUGCGGCCUCUCUCCAACUGCCCUCCGUCAGCAUUCCUACCCUUUUCUCGUAACUAGUAAAACAGUACAUAUGCUUUAACGGAACCUAUAGGCUGUAUGUAAAAUAAUAUAAAUAUGUUUUUAUAUAUAUAAUACAUAUAAAUGGGAAAAAACGUACUCAAGCGUGUGCAUAUAAUAUUCCAGGAUGCCGUUUAAAUGUUGGAAUAAUGCUGCUAUUUGUACCCUACUUUCCAUGAAGCUGUUUUUCGUUUUUGUAUGUUAAUGUUUUUGAUCCUAGCCCGCAGGGUUUGAAGUACAUCAAGGCGUUAGCGCCUCCUAGGGGGUAUUUUAAAAUCAGCUGCGUCGCCCUGGCAGCGGUGACGCGGCUCCACCUUUAUAGCUGUGACAGCCAGCCAGCGCCUUCUGUAUGCGCUCCACUGGCACAGAGGGAUUCUGGGAAAAAAUGCACAGAAGGACGUUGUCAGAGCCUGAACCGACAAGCUCUGGCGGUGGUAUUUACACUGAUUUUUUUUUUUUGAAAAAAGUCCGGGAUAUCGAAACUUGAAUUAACAAUCUGUUAGCGAGAGACACGGAUGGCGGAAAGCUGAUUCGGAAGCUUCUGGACCGAGCUGGCCUUAUGGUUAUAGAUCACACUGUAGUCACUUUAUCAGCAGAAAUAUCUGAAAGACAGUCAGAACCUCGCAGUGCAUCGUUGACCUGGGCUAUUAUUUAAUUUUUUUUUUCUCUCAAUGGACCCAGUGCUUGCUGUGAUUUCCUCUGGUGUACCUAACUGUCAGCUGUUAUUUUUUAACGUAGAAGUGUUGAGCAGAGCUGAAGAGACCCCCUUCCUGAUUACGACCCAAGCCGUCUUUUAGUUAUUUCUGCCACUAUACCCGAAAUGUUCGGUUUUUACACUCUGGGUUUGCACGUAUGGAACGAUGAUUUGUGUCCAUGAUUAUUUAUCACUAACUGUUUUAUGGCCAAGAAUGAAUUGUGAUUCGACGGGUUUUCGUUGUCAAUAAAGAUGUGUCAGUAACUGGCA